AUGUCGGCGGUGUCCAUGUAUCCCAUGUGUGUCCGGGCGAGCCGGGGCCUCUUCAGACUGAGGCAGGGCGCCAGCGGCAGCUCAACCCCUGCGGUGUUGGAUGUUGUCAGGACACUAUCCGCUGACACGUCUAGUAGUAGUGCUACAGGAGGGCUGGCCCAGGCAAUAUUACAAGAAAGGCUUCAGCAACAGCAGAAAAGCCAGGGUCAGCCUCCUCCAGAGGGUGAUGACUCUGGUCAGAAGAAAGGUGAACAGGGUGAGGACAAGAAACACAAAGAGAACACUGCAUAUGCAAAGAAGAUGGUCCUUCGGUUAGCAGGGAUAAUGGGAAUCGGAAGUACAGUUGGCAUUGUGUACUUAUUUGGUAGCAAUUCUGUGGAUGAACAAGGAAAUAAGAUUCCAGAUGAGUUUGAUAAAGAGGUUCCUGUCAUUCAGCAGCUUAAAAGAACCUUCAAAUACUUCAAAGAUUACAGACAGAUGAUCAUUGAGCCCACAAGCCCAAAGCUUCUCCCAGACCCUCUGCGAGAACCCUAUUAUCAGCCUCCAUACACUCUAGUGCUGGAGCUCACUGAUGUCCUCCUGCAUCCAGAGUGGUCGUUGGCCACAGGCUGGCGUUUUAAGAAGAGGCCUGGCAUAGACUUUCUGUUCCAGCAACUGACCCCACUCUAUGAGAUAGUCAUCUUCACAUCAGAGACAGGCAUGACGGCGUAUCCUUUGAUUGACAGCAUAGACCCUCAAGGAUUUGUGAUGUACCGGCUCUUUCGGGAUGCCACACGCUACAUGGAGGGCCACCAUGUUAAGGAUGUGUCUUGCUUGAACAGGGAUACCUCUAAAGUCAUUGUCGUGGACUGCAAACGGGAGGCCUUCAAUCUACAGCCUUUCAAUGGCUUGGCACUGUGCAAGUGGGAUGGCAACUCAGAAGACCGCACACUGUAUGACUUGGCAGCCUUCCUUAAAACUAUUGCAAUUAGUGGAGUGGAUGAUGUACGUACCGUGCUAGAGAACUAUGCCCAUGAGGAGGACCCCAUUGAAGCCUUCAAAAGAAGACAAGCACAGCUUGCACAGGAGGAGGAACAGAGACUUUCAGAGCUUUCUCAGCAGAAGAAGCAGGGACUUUCAUUAGGUUCCAUUGCAGGUCGUUUCUGGUCCCGGAAGCAGCAGUGAGGACUCCUCCUACAUGCACCCACAUGAAACAGUCCAACCUGGAUUAUGGCCAGCCAUUGAGAUGAAGCUCAUAGCCAAACAGGUGGACACUUGGGAGGGAGGGGGAGAAAGGGAGCAGAAGGGCAUUGAUGGAAAAACCUCCAAUCAGCUGCACCGAAUGGUUUCUACCAUGUAUUAAGGGUUGUGAUGAGGAGCACAGCUCCAUAAGACGUUCCAUUCCUGUGUGGGAGAUGGCACUUUCUGGACAGCAGACAAACAGAUAUGGUGCCCCAAUAUUUGAUCUCACUGAUUACAAAAUGUUUCAAGGGGAGACACAUCCUCAUCUUGGUUGGACGAAUUCCUGUCCACUUGGCUUCCUUAUCCCUGCAAGAGCAAAUAACUGCAUAGUACUAUAUUACACUUGGACACGGAUUGUGAACUGAUACUGAUAUGUUUCCAACAUGUAGAUCUUAUUUGAAACCCAUAACUUCAUGCUGUAGGCAUUAGCCUGAUAUUAGACUUCAAUAAUGUGUGCCCAACACAUGGCACAUGUAUGCAUAAGUGAUUACCUUUGAGAACGCUAAAUGCUGCCAGUGAGACUGUCUUUGUCAUGGUGAUGCUGUUGCAUUGCAAUGAGGAGAACCUCUUAUCAUGUGAAGGCAAAUAAAGAGCUCAAUCCGGUGCUUUUUCUCUUCACGUCAGCAAUGGUCCUUUAUGUCUGAAGAUGUGCUUGUGAAAUGUUCUUUGUAUUGCUUUUGAUGUGAAUGGUGAACCACCCAGAAUAUCUCCAAUAAA